AUGAGGCUUUCCUCUCUCGCCCUGCUUCUAAGCUCAGUCCUGGUCCUUCAGCAUGCCGGCGCCAGCGUCAUCGGGCACCAAGGUGACCCUGCCUCCCCCACGGUGGGGAAAAGGUCGUCUCAGAAUCGCCACGCGGCCGCGAGGCGUUUCUGUAACGCGAAGCACAAGAUCAAGCUCAACAGCCGCCGAAGUACGGAAAGCCCGCUACAGCCUCUGGAGGCGUACGAGAUCUUCUGCUGGUUGCAGGAUGCGGACGAAAAGGCUGCCUGCUUCUUCGUCACCGUUGCCCAUCUUCUCAGCACUACACCCCAGGCCCUCGCCGAUCGCAUCGGCAUUCCCCUGCCUCGCCGUGGAGAGGUUGGCAUCUCCAUAGACACCAUGUUCUACGCUCUAGAGUUGCUCGGCGUGCGCUUCCGCAUCGUAGCACUCCAGGGCACUCUGGAACAGCAGCGACCAGGCCCGAUGCAGAAUAUCCGCUGCACCGGACGGGGCCUGCGCUGGCGUCAUUCUCAUCCGCCACCGGCUGUCAUGGGCGUCGGUUUUUUUAACCGCAAUCGUGACGGUGGUCAUGUUGUCAUCGUCAGGAACGCCGGAAACCCGCUACGGAUUCGCUACUUGGAUUUCCAAGAUGAUCCUAGGGGUACAGACAUGACUGUGGAGGCAGAGAAUUCCUGUCACGCCUUCUAUUUUUAUCUUGAUCUCGAGGCCUCUUCCGGAGACCUCAUGGACGAACUGCGGCCGUCCAUCGACGCCAUGAUGGCCACCCCGAGCCUCGUCCCAGCGCUGCCGACCAGCCUGUUCCCGCCCGCCCUCCCCCUCCCAUCCGAUACAGCCGAUAGAUUCUUGGAGGAGGACGCUGUCGAGUUUAUAAAUUCUCUAAAUGAUUUUUGGGAGCCGUGGUCCGACGACGAUUCAACCCGGUCGGGGCAAAGCUCCGACGGCGAUUCAGACACCUCAAUGGAGGGCCCCCCCACGCGAGAAAGGACAAGCACGCUUGCUCGGCUGCGGUACCAUCAACAGCAGCAGCAGGGGACAACGACAGAGGGGCACUCGGAAGGCGCUCACACGCAGUUGCAGGCCCCCACUCGACAUGAUCCGGACGCUCCGGGGCCCUCCAGAAUCGACGCUGCGGACCCUGAGACGCAGCUGCAGGCCCCCUCUCCGCAUGUUGCAGGCCAUCCCGGGCCCUCUAGAAUCGACCCUGCAGAAGUCGACGUUGCAGUCGACGGCAUCUUCCACCUGUCCGUCGAGGAGGAGUGCGCUCGACGCCUCGCGUCAAACACAGUCUCCUUCGUCAUUCCGGACUCCAACGCUGCGCGAGGCGGGAGUAGGCUAGGCGCCAGCAGUAUGAGAAAACGCGCGGAGACAGUCGGCGAUACUACCAAGGACAGCUGUUCCAAGCUGAAACAUGGAGUGGAAACGUUGCAAACCUGCAGAAAAAUAAAGAGUCUCGAGAUUGGCAUCACCUUAUCGAAUGACUGGUUCGCGGGGACGUAUGACUACAUCUAUGGAGCCAUACGUGGCCCGGCUGGUAAUUUUACAACGGAGCUUGCACCCCAGCCAUCGGCAGGAUACGAGAACUCGAUAGCCGAAAGCGUGCAAUCAGCCUUUGGUCUUGAGACGAUGGAUAUUCGGAGCAUCAAUACUUUUGAUCUCAUUUCGCAGGGACUGAAAUAUACCUUCAUUCGCAACGAUCAGUGGAAGGUCAAAGAUAUUGUGCUUCGCGCAAACUGUGAUACACCAGGCUUGACGGUGCAAUACGAUAAGCUUCGGGCGCUUGAUGCGUGGUACCAACAUCCAGCGGCCAAAAGGGGGCGGGAGGGGGGCGUGCAGCCGUACGAUCCAGGGGUUGUUGCCACAUUUAACAUCCGUUCUUCGGAAUGGUACACAACGUCUUGCGUCAUGAUUAAGGAGCUUCGGUUUACCUUCAAGACGGCACGUGGUCUGUUUUCUGGAUCUUACGAUCAAGUAUCCUUGACUUUCGGGUCAGGCAUGCAAACAAUCUUCCUCGUAAAAGAAUUCUAUGGAGGAGACAAGAAAUCAGACACGGUCGAUCUUCGUGCCAUGUUCGGCACAGCGACGGUGGACCUACGACAUAUUCAACAGAUGCUUCUGCAAGACACGUACUACUACAAGACUGAUACAGACAAAUGGAUGUUUGCAGUGAAGCUUAAGACGAACUUCCAUAGCCCGGUAGGAUGCGGCUCGAGCUCCGUUGUUCGAUCGAUUGGCGGAGAUGGAAAGAACGUCAUGGCCAUGAACGUCAUGGCCAUACAACGGAUACGAGUCGGCGAGACCGAUGUUUUGGGUGUAUCAUGCCACUAUGGCCCUUCAAUCCUGAUUCCCCCUCGUACGCCGCACUCGACAUCUGCCGCCAGGCCCUUUUGCUUCGGAGCUAGGCUCGGCGUCGUCGACACAGCUGCUGCUCUUUAUUCCUCACCAUCAAGCCGCAAACUUGGCGUCGCGAAAAGCCAGCGCCCCUCCCCUACCAAAGGGUCCCACAAGCGAACCGGCUCGCUUCCCAUCGGGAUGGCUGAUGUUGAAAUGAGCGACGCCCCCGCGGCAGCGAAGAAGGGCGAGGGCAAGAAGAAGUUUGAAGUCAAGAAGUGGAACGCCGUGGCGCUGUGGGCGUGGGACAUUGUCGUGGACAACUGUGCCAUCUGCCGAAACCACAUCAUGGAUCUUUGCAUCGAGUGUCAGGCCAACCAGGCCUCGGCUACGAGCGAAGAGUGCACGGUGGCAUGGGGCAUCUGCAAUGUGAAGCCGACCCCUCUCGCCUUCUUUCCCGAUACCUGGGCUGACACGCCAGCAGCACGCUUUCCACUUCCAUUGCAUUUCACGAUGGCUCAAGGCCAGAUCAGUCUGUCCUUUGGACAACAGGGACUGGGAGUUUCAAAAAUACGGUCGAUGAAGGGGCACCCUCCGAACGGCAGUGCGAGUCGGCCCAUGUGGACGCGAAAUAUUAUGAGACGCCAUGCACGACGGACAGGUCGCGCCACAGCAUGUCAGCAGAUGUGGCACUGCGGCGUUGGUGUUGAAAGGCCGUCAACGUAUGGUUAUGCGUGUGUUCGUUAUUCAGUCUAG